AUGUCGUCCAUGCCCCAGCGCCCAGAGCCCUCGUCUCCCCGGCGGGAGCGACGGCACUCACAUCGAAGCUCACAAUCCCGCCGCCGGAGGACGUCGGACGUCGAGAGCUCCCGCUCCCACGACCGCACACACAGCAAAAGCCAUGCCACUGCCCACUCACGCCCGAUGCCAACCCCAGACGCUCCUGUUCCCAUGGAGCGUGACCCCAUCAUGCGGGGCCAGCAACACGCUCCAGGCCCAGCAUUGGGCAGGAAGCGCAGCCUGAUCAGACCCGAGCGCCAGCGAAUGGAUCCGAGUCACCCCAACUACCACUAUCGCAAGCAUGCCCAGCGCAUGGACGUCCAACCCUCGACAACCGGCAAUGAUCCCAUCAUGGAGGACAGUCUCGAGGCCGAAACCGUAAGCUCAGACAGCACCGACCUGAAGCCACCCCAUAUGCGAAACGCCUCUGGCGGCGGCUACAACGACAAAGACGCUCCGCUCGACGACAAUGCCGAGCCACAGGUACAGCGAAAGCUGGCGCGAAGCAAGACCAUGGAGGCUCGCCAGAAACAGCGCCAGAAAGAGCAGGAUAAGCUGCGGCCACCUAGUCUGUGGAAUGUCUACUGCGCAAUCAUCACCUUUUGGUGCCCCAAUGCUGUUCUCAAGUGUUUUGGAAAGCCACAAAGAGCACAGCAGCGUGCUUGGCGAGAAAAGGUUGGUUUGGUCAGCAUCAUUUUGGUCAUCUGCACAUUCGUCGGAUACUUGACUUUUGGUUUUACCGAGACCGUUUGCCCCGCCGGAGGUAGCGCCCGCCUCAGGACCAACGAAGUUGGUAAUGGAUACCUCAUCAUCCAUGGUGAAGCCUAUGAUCUUGCUCAGUCCAAACAUCCCCGCGCUCGUGGUAUCCCGGAAAACGCAAACGUUCUCUUCGACCUUCCCGAGAAGCACGGUGGUCAAGAUGCCAGCUUCCUGUUCCAAAACGUCAACGGCGCCUGCAAGGGCCUCAUCAAGGAAAAGCCCAACUCUGGUAUCCCUACAGACGACAAUGGAGACCUGGCCUGGUACUUCCCCUGCCGGCUGUUCAACCAGGACGGCUCCUCCAAGCCCAACACGACAUUUCUGGAGUACAAUGGCUACAUGUGUCAUACUUCGGACUCGGCUCGUAGGGCUUUCUACAGUCUGCGUGAUGCUGGAGAUGUCUUUUUUACCUGGGACGACAUUCGCAACUCCUCGAGGAACCUCAUGGUAUGGGGUGGUGAUGUGCUGGAUCUGAAUCUGCUCGAUUUCUUCAACCGAACCGCAGUUGAGAUUCCACCCAUUUUCGAUGAAAUCCGCCAAAACCCAGCCGUUCGUGGUGCAGACGUCACGCGUGCUUUCUCGUCCAGCUACGAGAAGCAGGUUGCGCGAUGCUUUACUGAAAUCAUCAAGGUCGGCUCCAUUGACACGGAGAGUAUUGGUUGCAUCGCCUCCAAGGUUGUUCUCUACGUUUCGCUCGUUUUUAUCUUGGCUGUUGUCUUAGCCAAGUUCGUCCUCGCUUUGAUAUUCCAAUGGUUCAUCAGUAAGAAGUUUGGUGCCACCAAAACAUCUCUGGGCCCGGUCGACUCCAAGAAGCGAAAGCAGCAGAUUGAAGAAUGGAGUGAUGACAUUUAUCGCCCCCCGCCAAAACUCCUCGAAUCAGUUUCUGGCUCCGACCGUACGGCCAAACGAGGUAGUUUCUUGCCGGCCACAUCAAGGUUCACUAGCCCAUACUCUGUUGACAAGAACACCAAGACCCGCGCCCCACCAACAACAAUGACAAGUCAAAGUGCUGCAUCUCGUCUGCUUGGAUCCAGCGGUCCCAUGUACAAACAACUAAAUGCCAGCCACGGCACACUAGGCGUCGACGGUAGACACAGCACGCAAGCAUCGCAGGAGCCUGGGUCUGAUAUGUAUUUCUCUAACAGCACCGAAACGAACCAGUUUUCCAGCACUGAAGGCUCAGGACCCUCAGGAUUCACUCAUGAAGCUGUUGUACCCCAACCUCCUCCCGAGUGGCAGCCUUUUGGAUACCCCCUAGCUCACACAAUCUGCUUGGUUACUGCAUACUCUGAGGGCCCUGAAGGUCUGCGAACUACACUCGACUCUAUUGCCACGACCGACUAUCCCAACAGCCACAAGUUGAUUCUCGUUAUUUGCGAUGGUAUGAUCAAGGGACACGGAGAAGACAUGACGACACCCGAAGUCUGCCUUGGCAUGAUGAAGGAUCACGCAGUCUUGCCGCAUGAAGUCCAGGCCUACUCCUAUGUCGCGGUUGCCAGUGGUUCCAAGCGACACAACAUGGCUAAGAUCUACUCUGGUUUCUACGACUAUGGCGAGACGACGCGCAUCCCUGUUGGAAAGCAACAGCGUGUUCCGAUGAUGCUGGUUGUCAAGUGUGGCACUCCCGACGAGGCUAAGAACUCCAAACCUGGUAACCGUGGCAAGCGCGACAGUCAAAUUAUUCUCAUGUCAUUCCUGCAAAAGGUCAUGUUUGACGAGCGUAUGACGGAGCUCGAGUUUGAAAUGUUCAACGGUAUCUGGAAAAUCACUGGCAUUUCUCCCGAUUUCUACGAGAUAGUACUCAUGGUAGACGCCGAUACCAAGGUAUUCCCUGACAGUUUGACGCACAUGAUUUCGGCCAUGGUAAAGGACCCAGAUAUCAUGGGACUCUGCGGUGAGACCAAGAUUGCCAACAAGCGGGACUCGUGGGUUUCUAUGAUUCAGGUCUUUGAGUAUUUCAUCUCUCACCAUCUGGCCAAGUCGUUUGAGUCGGUCUUUGGUGGUGUCACUUGUCUUCCCGGAUGUUUCUGCAUGUACCGCAUCAAGGCUCCCAAGGGCGGUCAAAACUACUGGGUCCCCAUUCUGGCCAAUCCUGAUGUUGUCGAACACUACUCUGAGAACGUGGUGGAUACGCUGCACAAGAAGAAUUUGCUGCUAUUGGGUGAGGACCGUUAUCUGUCGACGCUGAUGCUCAAGACGUUCCCCAAGCGAAAGCAGGUGUUUGUGCCUCAAGCUGUGUGCAAGACCACGGUUCCGGACGAGUUCAAAGUCUUACUGUCGCAACGUAGACGAUGGAUCAAUAGUACUGUCCACAACCUGAUGGAGUUGGUACUGGUACGAGAUUUGUGCGGUACCUUCUGCUUCAGCAUGCAGUUUGUCGUCUUCAUCGAGCUGAUGGGAACCCUGGUCCUACCCGCCGCCAUUGCCUUUACAUUCUACCUCAUUGCCAUUUCUAUCAAAGCCGCUAUACAGCACACAGAAGCGCCUGUGAUUCCUCUGGUUCUUCUUGCGCUUAUUCUCGGUCUACCUGCGGUUCUCAUUAUUAUCACAGCACAUCGUUGGUCGUAUGUUGCCUGGAUGUUUGUCUACCUGCUGUCGCUGCCCGUUUGGAACUUUGUCCUGCCGACGUACGCCUUCUGGAAGUUUGACGACUUCAGUUGGGGCGAUACUCGAAAGACGGCUGGGGAAACGACGAAGAAGGCAGGAUUGGAGUACGAGGGUGAAUUUGACAGUAGCAAGAUCACAAUGCGCAGGUGGCGAGACUUUGAAGCAGAGCGGAGACUGAAGACACCAGCGGCGACAUCGGCUGGCGGAUGGCCACAGCACCAACAGCGACAGGGAUAUGACCAGUAUUAUGAUAAUUGA